GCGCGCGCGUGCGCUCGGCCGCAGUGUGGCGGAGAUCGCGGCAUCAUGAAGCGGUUGACUCUGUGCGCGCUGGCUGUCGCUCUACUCGCCGCGGUACUCGGCGCUAAAUCACCCUAUCAGUCUGUUCUUCAGCACAGCCGGAUCAGAGGAAGGCAGCAUGGCCCCAACGUUUGCGCUAUGCAGAAGGUCCAAGGAACCGAUAAGAAAUACUUCACCAACUGCAAGCAGUGGUAUCGCCGCAAAGUAUGCGGCAAACCAACUGUGGUUACCUAUGAAUGCUGCCCUGGUUAUGAAAAGCUGCUCGGAGAGAAGGGUUGUCCUGCAGCAAUUCCUUUGGUGAAUAUUUAUGAUACCCUGGGGGUUGUUGGAGCUACUACUACUAAGAUGUACUCUGACAGAGCAAAAUUGAGAGAGGAAAUUGAGGGACCUGGCAGUUUUACAUUCUUUGCCCCAAGUAACGAAGCCUGGGCUGCUCUUCCUAUAGAAAUUCUGGAUGCCUUAGUGAGCAAUGUUAACAUUGAACUCCUCAAUGCAUUGCACUACCACAUGAUUAACAAACGCUUGACUUCAGAUGACCUCAAGCAUGGCUCCUCCUUUGCGUCAAUGUACCAGGAUUUUGAUGUUCAUAUCCAGCAUUAUUCAAAUGGAAUUGUGACUGUAAACUGUGCAAGGCUGGUGAAGACAGACCAGCAUGCUACUAAUGGAAUAGUGCAUGUCGUCGACAGAGUUAUCACAGCUGUCACCAACAAUGUCCAGUCUUUUCUUGACACUGAUGACGAUCUGUCAACACUGCAACAAGCUGUCAGUGAUGCUGGUCUUACCACAAUGUUGGAGAAUCAGGGUUCUUAUACACUAUUUGCUCCAACCAAUGAAGCAUUUGAGAAGAUUCCUAAAGAUAUGCUGAGCCGAAUCUUUAACGAUCCAGUUGCUCUUAAAGAUUUGUUGAAUUACCACAUUCUGAAGACCAUGCACUGUGCCGAGUCCAUUGUGGCUGGGACUCCAAUGGAAACACUUCAGGGUACAGUGCUUGAGGUGGGCUGUGACGGAGACGAGAUGACCCUUAAUGGCAAAGCCAUUGUUACAGACAAAGACAAGCUGGGCAUCAAUGGAGUUGUCCACUACAUUAAUGAUCUUCUCCUCCCUGACUCAGUUAAGACUCUAAAGGAACUUGCUGAAGGUCUUCCACAAGUCUCCACAGCUACUAAGCUUUUCACAGAUGCUGGUCUAAAUAAUCAGCUUUCGGGCUCAGAACCAUUAACCGUGAUUGUACCUCAGAAUGAUGCAUUUAAAGGGAGUUUUUCAAUGACACCUGAGAUGAGAAAACUGAUGAGGAACCAUGUUCUGAAAGGUAAACUCUCCUCCAAGGGUCUGUACCAUGGACAGGAGCUGGAAACCAUUGACGGAACUAAACUUAGAGUGUUUGUGUAUAGAAAUAACCUCUGCAUCGAGAACGCCUGUAUUGCUGCCCAUGACAAGAAUGGCCGCCAUGGCAAUAUGUUCAUCGUGGAUAAGCUUCUGGCUCCCCCCAUGGGCACUGUUAUGGAUGUUCUAAAAGCAGACAAUCGUUUCAGCACCCUGGUUGGCAACAUUCAGAGAGCAGGCAUGACUGAGCUGCUGAACAAGAAAGGGACCUACACCAUCUUUGCCCCCACCAGCGAGGCUUUCCGUGCCAUGCCCCCAGCUGAUCUCAACAAAAUUCAAAGGGAUCCCAGAGAGCUUGCCAAGCUUCUGAAGUACCACAUAGGUGAUGAGUUUCUAAUUAGUGGUGGCGUGACCUCUCAUACCAGAAUGAAGCCAAUGUCAGGAGAGACGCUUGAGCUAGGCAUGAGGAACUCCACUUUGUACGUCAACAGGGUGCAGGUUGUUGAUGCUGACAUUAUGGCCACUAAUGGAGUCGUCCAUGCCGUUAAUUCAAUCAUAAAACCACUGCCUCCUAAAGCUGUGAGUGACCAGGCUGUGGACUCUUCAGGAAAGCGUACUGCUGCAGCAAGGGUUGGCACACAAGUUCUAAAAAAUGAUGAUCUUUUCCAGAAGGUUUUGAACAGUCGCUCCAGCAGAACAAUGACCCGAGUCCAGUAAACUCUGCGAUUUUGUGAAAAACCGAAGUUAAUCCCAACCUCCAUUGCUCUAAGAAGACUGACAUGCACAACCAAUAAUCUUUCUGUGAGCAGGGAACAGGUAUUUAACUGAUUUACAGCAAAACAAAAUUCAACAAACCAGGGAAAAUUGAUAGGUUAAAAUUUUCAGUAUUGUGUGUGAAUGCCAAAGACCGCAUUGAUGGUAAUUAGUUAUAUAUUUGUUUAAUUGACUGUUAUCUCAAUUUAAGCCAAAUUUAGUGUCGUCAAUAUGAUUUUGAGAAAUACUAAUUGUUUUGUUUGUUUUUAACUGUUGUUUUUUUAUUGUUUUUUUUAUAUACAUGUAGCAUGUUUGCAUGGUUUAAGUUGAAACAAAAAAUUUUCAUGCACAAGCAGUGCAGGUCAGGUUUACUUUUCGUUAUUGUGCAAAAACUGUUUCUAUGGAAAACAGACACAGAAUGAACUAUACACUUGUUCGGCAAAAGUGUGUCAUUUAUGUACACCCACUCAAUAGACUCCUUAGCCAAGAUCUGACAGACAAAACGCUUCCAUAACUCCAAGCUAGCCUCAAUGGGAAAAAAAUACUAAACAUAUAAGUAUAUUUUUACCCUCUUUAAAAUCUUUGUCAUCUGACAUGUCAUCCAAAACCAAGGUAUUUUUGCACAUAUUGACAAAUUCAGAUGUUUCCAUGAGGCUGGGAAAGUAAUCCUAUAGCUCAGUGAGACCACUGUAGUGUGUGUUUUGUCUGAUUAACCUUGGUAGAGCUGUUUAAUGUGUGGAUGAACAAACAUCUGCCAAAAUUAAUAGGAAUAGACACUGCACACGGUACUGUAAAACAUUUUGUGUGGAACCAAAGAACAAUAUUUACACAUUUCACAAUAAAAAUGAAAAUUUUUAACCAGA